CGCGGAAGGAAGCAGCUCUGCCUGGGACGGCGGCAAGCGCGAGGAAGAAGACGCCAGCGGCUCGCGAGUGGCACAGAGGGGAGGUGAAGACGGGGACGCUGGGCUCCUCAUCCGGCGCUGAAAACACACAGUGAGCUGCGACAUGACCUGUAAGUGUGUCUGUUGUGUCAGUACGCGUCGAGGAAGCGAAGGAGUUGCAUGAUGCAUGUGGAGUGAUCGGAGUAAAUAGGACACCUCGCUGAAGCAGGACAGGAGUGCGUCUGUGGUCCAGAUGAAGUGCUUGCUGAUAGCCAGUGAGAGCGCAGAGGUCCUCUUCCACUGGACUGACCCCGAGUUUCAGCAGAAUAUCCAGGAGCAGUAUGGGGCGAGUCAAGAGGAGGGCCAGGGGCCUCCAGCCUUUGAGGACAGCAUCAGCACCCUAUUUGCCCCCAUCAUCAUCUCCUGCAGCACCAUGGUGGACAGGCUGGGAGACAACUACACCUCCUUCACCACAGAAAACAACCAUGUCUACGUCCUGCACCAGUUCGACGAGUGUCUCUACAUUGCUGUGAAUGGAGAUGGUGAGGAGGGAGAGGAUGAUCUGAGGAGGAAGAUCUAUGUGAUGAAGAAGAUGAUUGAGGUCCUGUUUGGCAUGGUCACCCUCAGCAGCAACCUCCUCAGAAAAGAGCUGCGUCCUCAGGACACAGAGCAAAGAGCGAGGCUGUGGAAGCAUCUCCAGAGUCUGCUGGAGACCUACAGCCACCUCAGAGAGAACGACCAGAGCUUCUUAGUGGAGGCGGUGGAGAGGCUGAUCCACCCCACGCUGUGUGAGCAGUGCAUCGAGUUCCUGGAGCGCCGUUUAGUUCAGCAGCUCAACAGCAGUGUGGAGAGAGCAGGAGAGGAGGUGCUGCACGCCUUCAUCUUGGUUCACACCAAACUGCUUGCCUUCUACUCCAGCCGUAAUGCGAGCACGCUCACCACCUCAGACCUUCUGGCCCUCAUCAUCAUGGCCCAGAAUAUGUAUCCCAGCAGCGUAGACCUGGAUGAUCCAGCUCCUGAGGAUGUUGACAGUACAUCUGGGUCUGGCCCUGAGAGUUUUUACACCCCGGAGCCCUCCCCGACAGACAGAGACUCAGGCAGCUCAGCAGACAAGCCAGUGGGAGGACGCACUCCUGUGUUUGAGUUUGUGGACCCAGACAUCCAGAUGGCAGAGGACAGCUUGCAGACUCUGGAGGUUCCUCCACCUGACCCUUCAGCCCCUCGCAGAGUCUUUUUGGAGGUCUCACUCAAAGAGGGGCUGUAUCCCAUGAUGCCUCACUCCAUGUACUGUCUGCCUCUGUGGCCUGGCAUCACACUGGUGUUGCUAACUAAGAUUCCCACCAGUGCAGUGGCCAUGUCUGUGUAUAAGUUUUUGGAGGCCUUCGCCAAGCUGGAGAAGCAUUUAAGUGAAGGCCAGGAAGGCUCUGCUGCUACUAGAGGCCAACCGACUAUACAUGACAUCCGCAGCAAACUGGAUAAAUUCAUUAAAGCUCUGGGGCCCAGUGAGAUACAGUCUGCACAGUUACAAAAUGUCUGGACAGAGUUCAAGAACCGAGCUUUCACCAGAGGAGGACCUGGGUUCAACAAAGAUCUCAUCCCGUGGUGUAAGAAUAUGAAGACCCAGCUGUGUGGAAUAUACCGACAGUGUUUUCAUGUUGACACUGGACCAUCUGACAUUCCUCGACGUCUCUCCCCCGCUCUGCAGGAACGAGCCCAGUCCAUGGUGCAAGAGAAACUGAUGGACUGGAAGGACUUCCUGUUGGUGAAAAGCAAGAGGAAUAUCACCAUGGUGUCUUACUUGGAGGAUUUCCCAGGCCUCAUCCAUUUUAUCUGUGUGGACCGAUCCACUGGCCAGAUGAUUGCACCGUCACUCCACAUCACAGAACGCACCACGUCUGAGCUGGGGAAGGGACCAGUGGCUCAGUUCAUCAAAAGCAAGGUGUGGAACCUUGUCAGCACAACACGGCGCUAUCUCCAGAAAGGUUACUCCACUGUCACACUGCGCGAUGGAGAUUUCUAUUUCUGCUACUUCCUCUGGUUUGAAAAUGAAACGGGCUUCAAGUUAGAGGCGGGGGACAUGCCCAUCCUACCUGAUGACUCGGCACCCAUCGGGAUGCUUGCAUGGGAUUACUACAGCAGGAAGCUGCUGAGGUACUACAGUAAGAAUCACCAGGGUGAGGUGGUGAAGUGCUACGAGCUGCUGACGGUUCACCUGGGGGUCAUCCCAACCGAGAUCAUCCUCCAGCACUGCAGACAGCUGGCGAGCAAACUGUGGGAGCCCUCGCGCAAUCCGCUGCUGUAGACACACCCACACACUGGAACUGAGUCACAGUAGCCAAUGUGCAUAUUUGUUAAACUGCCAGGAACUGAAACUGUCAUUCUCUGUGUUUGUAUAUAUACGUCCAGUACCUCCAUCUCUGAUAACUCAACCGAAAUUAUUUAUUAGAAACAUUUCAGUUUAUGAUUAGUACAACUGAACACCUUUUUGCUCUCAUGCACUGUUAUGUUUUUGUGUGAAGUAUAUUGAUAAUAUCACCUAAUUGUUGUAGCUUGUAAUAUAUUUUUGAAUUCUCAUUCAUGAUCAGUUUUCUAUUUAUUAAUAGUGAUGUAUUGUUUUCACUGUUUAAGCUUUGGAGAUGAUGGAUUUUUAUGAAUGCAGGCACUGUCCAAUUUUGCCUUUGCUACAGCAGGCGUCACAACUUGUAUGAAUAAAACAUGCAGCAAUAAGUACUGUAUGUCUCUCCUAAUAUAGAGAUGUAAAAUAUAUAUUUUUUUGAGACAUUAAUAUCAGGAGUGUCACAUUUGCUUGUUUAUUGGGCCAUUAUUAACAUCAUUGAAAUUGCACUGCUUGACUCAUUGAUCAUUGCAUUCAUUGUACAAAACCCAACCCAAUCACUGAGUGUGUUCCUAGAUGUGAUGGCACAAUUAUUCAUUCACAGGAUUUACUUGACUUUGAAUAUAAGUGAGAAUCAGGUUAGCUUCUCUAAUCUGGAGAGUUUAAUUUGCUCACUCAUCAGUCAACCCUGGAGACUGUGAGUAUUUUAAAGAUCUGUCCAUGUAGGAUUGUUCCAUACGGAUUCACAGUGAGAGAGAGAGAGGAGUGUAUGCAGAGUUCACUACAUCAUCAGUCUCUGCACUGCUGACUCAGAUCGCUCCCGUGAGGUCAGCCACUGUUCCUGAAACCACCAGGUCCCUCAAGAAAAGUUU